GGCCUUGGCCCACUUGAUAACUUUUCUCUCACCUAAGAGACAAUACUUUUCUCCAUGACACACCUUCAUCUGCCAGACCUCAAGGGAACUGGGCUUGUGACCCAGACCACCCCAUCAUGAUUUCCAGAGAGGAGAAGGAGGAGGAGGAAGCAAUCUGGCUGCACAGGAGGACUGAGCCUGCCAACCUCCUUAACCCCAGGACCAAACCACCUAAAGGCAAGAUGUCCCAGCUGUCUGUCAAGGAACAUCUGGAUGGGAUUCUUUCUGACUUUGAAGUGCCCGCUAAAGAUGUCCUCCUUUCUACAAGCCUUCUAAAAAAAUUUAUCCCAGUCGGUAUCUGUCCUGGAUCUAAACUGAUUUUAUCCCUCAAGAGGUCUUUUGAUAUGGAAGAAGCUGAAGAGGUGCCACAUUUUUCUCCUUCCUCCCCACCCAGCUCUCCGCUCAGUCCCAGCCCGCCUGGCAUCAUCCUAGCCACUGGCCACGGAGAAGGAAAGAGAGUGGGGGCUCCCACCCAGCCCACUUUCCAAGCCUGCAUCAGCCUGAGCUCUAAUCCCAGCCCAGCUCACAGCCCCGUCCUCAAGUCGAGAAUCGGCACUAGCCUUUCGUUCAACUGCGGCACCAUCCACCAGCCUCGGGCCAACGGGGCCAACCUCACGAGGGUCUCGUCGUUCCAAACGAGGCUGAACCCCAAUGGCUUCUCUUCAUCUUUGGGGCCAGAGAGUGAGAAUGAGAGUCUCCACAGCUCUUCUUCCAGCCUGGAGUGUCCGACGCCCACUAAAGGCCCUCGGAAUUCUGCCCGGCAGUCCGAGUUGCCAGAAGUCGGGGCCCCCCAGCUCCCUAGUCCUCUCCUAAAGAAGUUCUCCUCCCACGGCAACGUCUUCCAUGCCGAGGUGGGUCAGCCCAUCUGGCAGGUCUCCAAGGCCACCGCGAAUCACUCCUCGCUGCCGUCGCUGGAUCUGCACAUCGCCGAAGACCAGGGAUCCAACCCUAUGCUCUGCUCCGCUCCAAACGUUGACCCUGCCGUCCUGCGGAGCUCCAGCGAACACAACUGCAUCGUCCGUCUGCCGAAGAACAGCACGCCCAUGAGAAAAGAGUCUCCCCUCCCACCCUUUGAGGUAGGCCAGUUGGCAAGCAUGACCCCUCCUGCCGCGGCCUCCAGGCAGACAACAAAGUUGCAAAAAUUUCCCAUCAGCCUGGAUGGGUUGACUGGGAAGACUCCAGAGGGUACUGUCCCGGCACCAAUGGCUGACUCUACGCCCAAACCUUUGUCUAAGACGCAGGUUCAGAUCAACCUUGGCACCAGCCCUGUCCUGUCCCGUCAACCCCCAGGAAUAACCAGGGAGGAUAGGGCUAUUAUUGGGAGUGGCGUUUCCCUGUUACCAUCACCCGGAAGGCUUCCCGGGGUAACAGGCAGUGAGAUUUCAGCAUCGCCUCCUCAGGCAGCUUCCUUCCGGCUGGUGUUGGAGCCUCAGAUAGCGCAAGUCACCUCCCAGCCAUCCGCUCUUGGGUACCCGGUUUCAGUGCCUCUGCAAGGCAUGUCACCCACGUCCGUCCCCAGAGAGAGCAUCUGCGGGGCCCUGUUUGUGAGGAUUGACCAAGAGGCCUCCAAGCUUCAGACGCCAGUGCUGCCGCCUUGCCUAAGGGAAGAUCUCCUGACGGAAGGAAACAGGCCUCCAGAGGUCUCCGUUGAGAAAGAGGAUUUGCCAGGGAAGGGCAUGAUGAAGGAAGAGAGUAGCCCUGAGCGUCAGUGGAUGAGCAUGGAGGACCAGCCGGCUCGAGAGCAGCUAUCCCGUGAUGGCCCUUCCGUCAGCACCGGGGACCGGAAGCUCUUUGGCUACGUGGGGAUUGAGGCAGUGAUAGACCAGAUGCGGAUCAAGACCAUGAAAACUGGCUUUGAAUUCAACAUCAUGGUUGUAGGGCAAAGCGGCCUCGGCAAAUCCACCAUGGUGAACACCCUCUUCAAAUCCAAGGUCAGCCGGAAAUCAUCAGUCCCCGAUGGCGAGGAGUGCAUCCCCAAGACAGUGCAGCUGCUUUCUGUUACCCGCGUUGUUGAAGAGAAAGGUGUGAAGAUGAAGUUGACUGUGACUGACACUCCGGGAUUUGGGGAUCAGAUUAACAAUCAAAACUGCUGGGACCCAAUCAUUGAAUAUAUCAAUGACCAAUACGAACGCUACUUGAGAGAGGAGAUCCUCAUCAACCGGAAGCGGAAGAUCCCCGACACCCGAGUCCAUGCCUGUGUGUAUUUUGUGCCACCCACAGGCCACUGGUUGCGUCCCUUGGACCUGGAGCUCAUGAGACGGCUCAGCAAGAUCACCAACGUGGUGCCUGUGAUCGCCAAAGCCGACACUCUGACCUUAGAGGAACGUGCAGAGUUCAAACGGAGGAUUCAGGAAGACUUGAAGGCCCAUGGAAUCCAUGUUUACCCCCAGGAGGACUUUGACAGUGACCCCGAUGACAGGCUUUUGAAUGACAAAAUCCGGGAGAAAAUCCCCUUUGCGGUGGUGGGAGCAGACAAGGAGCACCAGGCGAAUGGGAGGAAAGUCCUGGGCCGCAAAACCAAGUGGGGGAUCAUUGAAGUGGAAAACCCAGCCCACUGCGAGUUUCCUUUGCUGCGAGACCUCCUCAUCCGCUCCCACCUCCAGGACCUCAAGGACAUCACUCACAGCGUGCAUUAUGAGCAGUACCGAGCACAGCGCCUCAACGAGAGCAACCUGCUGGCCAAGGGCAGCAAGCGGCUGGCCCUGACCUGCCUCAACGGAGAGCUGGAGAGCCAGCUUUGAGCCGCAGGGGAGGGCAUGUGGCCUCUCCGGUCCCUCCCCAGCCUCAACAGGCACACCCACCCGAGACCUUCAGUGGACUGGCUUCCCCUGUCUGCCCCCCCUUCUCCGAUCAGCAGGAACAGAGUCCCUGAGAGACACGUCCCACCCCGAGCCCUGAUCUCCGAGCAUAAAUAGCGUCUCUGACUUUGACAUCCUGACCUUGUUGCUGGGCACCCCUGCCCUGCUCCACUUGUCUUCCAUUCAGUUUCACGCCUCAGAGCAGGAGGACUCUGGGAUGGCCUGAUAGCCCAGCCGGCCACCUCACCCCCCCCACCCUCGGCAUUUCAGCUGGGCCACUGCCCUUUGUGUUGGCCUGGCCUCUGCUAUUCAAUCAAGUAGAACAUUGGGCCCCGGGGGACCUUCUCGCCACCUGUGUGGGCUGCUCCCUAUUCCAGAUAUCCAGUGUUUUGUCUGGCGUCCCACUUAUCCCAAUGACCCCUUAGCAGAGCCGGCCUGUUUCCUUCCUUAACCCUUAACUGACACCCACAAUUAUUUCUUUUGUUUCCAAAAUGCUGUUAUUACUAGGAUGGUUGUCCUUCAUAUUUGUCGGGGGGGAGGUGAACAGUGGGGAGCCAUUGAAGAGUCUGUAUUGCAUGGAAAGGUAAGCCCACAGUCCCCGAGGGCAAAGAGGAAGCCCCGUUUCAGACUUUCCCAUGCCGGGGUCGUGGCGACUGUAAUAGAGCAACCACGACAGCAACAAGAGCCUUCUGGCGACGGUUCUGCCUCCCGACUUUCCUGCGGGAAUUCAGACCAACUCCUAGGACCGUUCUUGAUGGUUUGUACGCGCUAUGGACGAAAGGAGGGGCGUCGCCCAAACGCUGCCACGUCAAGCCACAAGGCCCAGGAUUGGCCCGAGCAAGUCAAGCUUCUACGCAUCUGAUUGGAGCAAAGCUCCCUCUUUGUGUCUCUCACUCCUGGAGAAUAGCUGGGGGGGCUGGCAGUUCAGAGAAGACAAUCCAGUCCCUUGUUGACGCAGGACAGGAGAACAGCGCCAUCUCCUGGAAGGAGGUCUGCCUUUCACCCUAUUACUUUGACACUCUUGGGCGGAUUGGGCUUCUCCAGAACACAUUAAAGAGCGACUUUAGAA